AUGUUGGGCUUGUUGCGACGCUUGCGAAAUCUUGGUAGUCCGCCCAGCACCCCGGCUAAAUCUCGUCAGGCUCUGCGUUUCGGCAUCCUUGGUGCGGCGCGCAUCGGUCCUAACGCCCUGAUCACCCCGGCCCGGAGCCAUCCCGAUGUCGUGGUGCAUGCCGUGGCGUCCAGGGACCCUGCCAAAGCAGCAGCAUACGCACAAAUGCACAGGAUUCCAAAGGUUUACAGUGGCGGGGCUUGUUACCAAGGGACCCUGCCAAAGCAGCAGCAUACGCACAAACGCACAGGAUUCCAAAGGUUUACAGUGGCGGGGCUUGUUACCAAGGUCGACCUCCUGGACGACUGUGACAUCGAUGUGGUUUACAUCGCGCUGCCAAAUGGUCUGCAUUUCGAGUGGGCAAUGCGCGCUCUGGAGCGGGGCAAACACGUUCUGGUCGAGAAGCCUAUGGCCGAUACUGCUGCUGAGGCCCAGUACUUGGUCGACCUUGCCGCAAAGAAGGGGCUUGUGUUGCUCGAGGCGAUCCAUUACUUUUUCCACCCGGCAGUACAACGGGUAAAGGAGAUCAUCGACAGUGGCGAAUUAGGCAAAAUUAAAUGCGUGAAUGCAGAUUUCCACCCGGCAGUACAACGGGUAAAGGAGAUUAUCGACAGUGGCGAAUUAGGCAAAAUUAAAUACGUGAAUGCAGAGUUUGCGGUGCCCAAUAUACCCGAUGGGAUUAUCUUCUUAAAGGAUGAUGUGCGGUACGACUACAAUCUCGGUGGCGGAGCCAUGAUGGACAUGGGGGUGUACACACUGUCGGCUAUUCGCUACUUUACAUCCAGCGAGCCCGUGAAGGUCACUGAGGCUGCUGCGACGGGCUACAAGUUGGAUCCUAAACGGGUCGACCGCGCCAUGCAUGCACGGUAUCUGUUGCCGCAGUCAAUUGACGCAGAGACGUUUGUGGAUUUUUCUAUGCCUGGCUGGGGACCGUUUCAGCUGCUGCCGCAGGCAUUUAAACUAACGGUGUACUUCGAGCUGGAAGGUGGACAUCUUGAGCUGUAUAACUUCCCCAUACCGCAUGUCUACCAUUCCAUAAAGAUCAAGCCACGAGGAAGAAAGGUGCGUGUCGAGAAGGCUUACGUCUUCGAGGAUGGCCGCGGUGAAGAUUGGUGGACAUCGUAUCGGUAUCAGCUGGAGGCAUUUGUGGAGAAGGUGCGUGGACGUCAGCCGCAGUGGUGGCCCGCAGACGAUGAAGCGGUGAGACAGCUGCAGUGGGUUGAGAAUGUCUAUACUGCAGCUGAGAUGCCUGUCCGUCCCACGUCUCGCGCGUUCUGUCCACCGCCAGACGAUGAAGUGUAA